AUGGAUGGGUACGCCGCCCAGAUUGCCGCGCCGAUGACCAUGGCCCAGCGCAAGCAAUUGCUCAAGCAUCUUCAAGAUGCCAGCUCUAUUGACAGCCUGCGCCGGCCGGAAAUCUUGAUGGACUUCUUCACCGACAGUCUCGACAUGCGGGACUUGGGCCUCGCAGUGCCGGCACUUACGGGUCUGUUCCACCUAAUGACGAAAAAGAACCUCGACUACCCUGCAUUCUACCCUCGUUUGUACGCCCUGCUUGAUAAGGAUCUCCUACACAGCAAGUACCGCAGCCGCGUGCUCCGGCAUUUAGACGUCUUCCUGUCCCCAACGAACCACUUGCCCGCCGCGACGAUUGCGAGCUUCAUCAAGCGUCUCUCGCGACUGUGUCUGUUCGCGCCUCCCUCGGCCAUCGUGGCCAUCAUACCAUUUAUUUACAACCUUCUCAAACAACACCCAACCACUACCUUCAUGAUUCACCGACACCCACAUCCUCCCUACACAAAGUUCAAGCAUAACCUGGGCAACGAUCCCUACGACCCGAACGAGCCCAAUCCACAACAUACUGGCGCGAUCGACUCCUCGCUCUGGGAACUCGAGACCUGCCAGUCUCACUACCAUCCCACGGUCGCGAGCAUUGCUCGAAUCAUCUCUGAGCAAUUCACGAAGCAGCAGUACAACCUUGAAGACUUCCUCGACCACGGCUACGCCACCCUGCUGGAGAGCGAGUUCAAAAAAAAAGAGAAGAAGCCUCCGGUGGUGGAAUACAAGAUUCCGAAGAAGAUCUUCUCUUCCACGGAGGAUAGUGAAGACGAAGCUGUUACCGGGCAGCAGCAGAUGGACCAAAUGCUGGACCUGUGGGACUUUGAGUGA